AUGCCAUUAUCCGAGGAACAAGUGAAAUCUGAGCUCUCCAAGAUGCAAGCCUUCAUUGAGAAGGAAGCUAGAGAAAAAGCUAAAGAGAUCAAGUUGAAGGCAGACGAAGAGUACGAAAUCGAAAAAGCUUCCAUUGUCAGAUCUGAAACAGCUGCUAUUGACUCUACCUAUGAACAGAAGCUCAAGAAGGCUUCAUUAGCCCAACAGAUCACCAAAUCUACCAUUGCCAACAAGACCAGAUUGAGAAUCUUGUCAACCAAGGAAGAGGUUUUGAACGAAAUUUUUGACGAAGCUGAGAAGGAAUUGAAGAAAAUCACGACUGACAAAAAGCAGUACUUGCCAGUGUUGGUGGGUUUGAUUGAAGAAGGUGUCUUAGCAUUGUUGGAAGAAAAGGUCUCCAUCAAGGUUAGAGAAGAAGACGUAGCUGUUGCUAAAGAAGCCAUCGUAGAAGCUGCUAAGAACUUUACAGAGAAGGCCAAAUUCGAUGUAGAGAUCUCUAUCGACGAGUCAGACUACUUGAGCAAGGACAUUGCAGGUGGUGUCGUUGUUGUAAAUGGAACUGGAAAGAUCGAAGUCAACAACACCUUGGAAGAAAGAUUGAAGAUAUUGUCACAGGAGGGAUUGCCAGCCAUCAGAUUGGAGUUGUUUGGACCUUCUGCCUCUAGAAAGUUCUUUGAUUAG